AUGUUCACAACCCAAGGAAGGCUCAAGGAGGUUCCGACCCCUCAACCAAAGAAAGAUGCAGACGACAUAUGCAGGUCCCUUUUCGUCGCCCUUGCCGUCUCCGGAACCAGUUUGAGCGAUCUUUGUGUUCAGCUAAAACAGGUCGCCGACACUGAGAGGAAGGAAUUGCACUCGCUCCUGGAGAGCUACCUGCAAAUGUUCUCCUGGGAAGACGAAGUACAUCGACUAGUUGACGAGGGGACGCGGGACGACGUAGUCACGUGCUCCAAAUCACCCUGGCCCUCUUCCAUCGCAUUAGUUGAAAGGAGCGAUGGCGACCUACCUCUAGACGUCGAUUAUUAG